UAACCGGUGCAGAUUCCAUAGGUACGUGGAAGGCGAAAUGUUAUAAUAUGCGGUGGUUUGUCAUAUAAGAUGUUGAAUCCCAGAAAUUGAAAGCAAAAUUAGGAGAGAAACUCGGAGAAAGGUACUACGUACCUGCUGCAGCAACCUCGAAGCUAGUUCAAACUAGUGGGAGGUUGUGUGCAUAGAAGCGCACAAAACAAAACCAAAUUGUACUGAGAAAAAGACAGAAAGAAAAACAUCAAACGAUAGAUCUGAGGAAGAAGAAUAAUCAAGAUGGCUCGUGGAAAGGUUCAGCUUAAGAGAAUUGAGAACGCAGUGCACAGACAAGUGACCUUCUGCAAGCGUCGAGCUGGGCUUCUUAAGAAGGCUAAGGAGCUCUCUGUGCUGUGCGAUGCUGAAAUUGGUCUUUUCAUUUUCUCCGCCCAUGGAAAGCUCUAUGAACUAGCCACCAAAGGAACCAUGCAAGGCCUGAUCGAGAGGUACACGAAGUUCACGCGAGGGGCUCAACCUGAAGCACCACCCGAACCACUUCCUCUUGAUGCAAAAGAGGAAUCUUACUUGCUAAAACAAGAAAUACAAACACUGCAAAAGAGUAUCAGGUAUUUGUUUGGAGGUGGAAACAAGACCUCAACAAUCGAUGAACUACAAGUGUUGGAGAAGAAUAUGGAAACUUGGAUAUAUCAUAUUCGCUCAAUGAAGACCAACAUCAUGUUACAAGAAAUUGAAGCAUUGAAAGAUAAGGAGGGAACACUUAAAGCUGCAAAUAAAUAUCUCCAUGAUAAGAUUGUGGAGAAUGCUGCAAUUCAUAACUUUGCUCAAUUUCCCACGGAUGUUCCGUACCCACUAAUUAUACAAGAUGGAACUUUUCAACUCUAUUAAUAAGUUGUUUCUAUAAUGUUUUAUUAAUAAAGGGAAAAAUUAUGGAGGCUGUGUUGUGUUACACAACAUUAAAAGUAAAGUAUGAACAUUGUACUUGUGCUACAAACUACGCAAUAAUUUGUAACAUUAAUAUUGUCUUACUCUAAUAAGUUUAUAAUUUAUAAUGUAAAGUCAGAAAAGUGUGAAUUCUGACUAGUAUCUUUUAUCUGUCAUUGACAAUAAUGUAAAAUAGUUGACGAGAGUAACAAUGAUAUUGUAUGUAAUAAUUUUGUA